GCGGUUGCACGAGAUGCGUUGACCAAGUCUAUAAAUCCGACGAGAGUCCUUGUGGAGAAUUGUGAUCUCAUUUUGCGGUGUCUAACAACAACACUCUCAAAGUUAAAGGGGGAAGAAAUUAAAUUUAUUGUUAGUGAAUUUUUUUUUACCCGAGCUUUUAACGGCGAAGACGGAAGACAUUCCCUUACCCUUACGCUUCGGUAAGGGGUGAUUCAAUUGCUGUUGGAUUUUCCAAAAUGGUGAUGCGAUUCCUCGUUGCCAGCUUGGCUCUCCUGUUGGGCGCGUACGUCGCCUGUGACCACACUCGGGAACAUUAUACCCGCGAGCCGAAGGAGUACCAGACACCACCUCACAUCAUCGUAAUAAUGGCCGAUGAUUUGGGAUGGAAUGAUGUUGGAUUUCACGGUUCAAACCAAAUACCGACACCAAACAUAGACGCCCUUGCCUACAAUGGGGUGAUUUUGAAUAGACACUACGUUUUGCCUUCAUGCACGCCUUCAAGAGCGGCAUUUCUAACGGGGCGGUAUCCCAUCCGUAUGGGGAUGCAGGGCGCCGGAAUAAAGGCUGGAGAACCACGUGGUAUUCCUCUAGAGAUUCGCACCCUUCCCGAACAUCUUCAAGGACUCGGUUACGUUACAAGAUUAAUUGGAAAAUGGCACGUCGGAUAUCACACGCCGCAGCACACGCCGUUGCAUCGAGGCUUUGAUUCUUUCCUUGGUUUUUAUAACAGCCACAUUACUUAUUAUGACUACAAGUACGAGCAAGGGAAUUUAAGCGGGUUCGAUAUGCAUCGAGGAAGUGAUCCGGCCUGGAGAGACCAGGGCGAAUACGCCACAGAUCUUUUCACCGAAGAAGCGCUGAGAAUCAUCGACUCCCACGAUCCAAUGCGGCCCCUUUACCUGCAGAUUUCCCAUCUGGCUGUUCAUCCACCUCUUGAAGUUCCUAUGCGCGAUUUGAGGAGCGAUGAAUUUUAUCACAUUCGGGAACCAAAUCGACGAACAUUCGCCGCCAUGGUGACGCGCCUCGACGAUUCCGUUGGACGUGUGGUAGCCUCUCUUGGUUCUAAGGGUUUGCUGAAAGACUCACUGAUUCUGUUCCUCACCGAUAACGGGGCGACUCCCGUCGGAAAAUUUAGAAAUUGGGGUUCCAACUGGCCGUUACGGGGUACUAAGUACACUUUGUACGAGGGUGGAGUUAGAGGGGUAGCUGCCGUCUGGUCUCCGCGUCUUUACGAAACGACGCGUGUUUCGGAGCAACUCAUUCACAUGACGGACUGGCUGCCAACACUCUACGCCGCUGCUGGGGGCAAUCUGAGGGACCUGGGCGACCUGGAUGGGGUGAAUCAGUGGCCGGCAUUGAGUGAAGGUCGCGCUGGAACCAGGCACACGAUGCUUUUAAACAUCGACGAAGUGUCGGGAACAGAAGCUGCGAUUCAAGGAAGAUUCAAACUUCUUCGAGGAUCUUACAGCCGGGGUUACUACGAUGGUUACCACGGCGAGUCUGGUCGCUACCUGGAGAAUUUACCGUACAAUACAACCUUGGUCCUUGGUAGUACCGUCUCGAAAAGUAUCACUACAUAUCUAGGAGGUCCGGUUACUCAACCCAGUGCAAUGGUCGUUCUUCGAUUGAAGGCGAGUGUCGAAUGCAGCGGGUACUCAGGGCAGCUGCGCCGUGGAAAUUUUGACGCCUGUAACGAAACCGAGUGCCUCUUUGACAUCGUCAACGAUCCCUGCGAAACGAAAAAUAUCGCUAAAGAUUAUCAAAAGAUGGUAACGCAGUUGGAUCUGUUUCUGGAGCAACAUGGAAACGUGCUAACCAAACAGGCCUUGAUGCCUGUGGACUGGCACGCGGAUCCACGUAGUUUCAAUGGGACGUGGGAGCCUUGGCUUAGUCCUGAAGCGAUGUUGUAUGCUUUUACAAAUGCUGCGACAGCUGUAAGCACAUUGGCAGUUUGCGCCCACAUCGGUAUGGUACUGCUGAUAGUUGGAUUGAGGGCAUUUCUUUGACUGAAAGACACAUUUCCCCCGAAAAAUACUGCCGCUACGUUUUACUGGCACAGCGGUAAAAAUUGCCAGAAGAAUGACGGAGCGGUGGAUGACAACAGCCAGGUUGAAGAUAGGGAGAAGGUUGAGAACGAAGGCGGAGAAGAAGACGGAGAUGAAGAUGAGGAGGACCUGGUGGAAAUUAAUUUCAUCGAUGACGAUUAGAUUAUAAUUACAUUAAUAAUUAUUGUGUACGACUUACCUAUAUGUAUACCGAGAUAGUUACGUCGGAGGAUUUUAUUACUUACUGUUAUAUACGUUAUUUAUGAUAAAUACUAAAACAUAGAAUUAUGUAUUACGCCAGAAUUUCAACCCUUUCUUAAAAGUAGCUUUUAUAAGCUUGUUAGCAAAUGCAUCUGUAUGCCACGUAUGUAAAAAAAACACCUAUAAAAACAUUCACUUUUGUAAAUAUAUUAUUAAUUAUCUUACGCCGACAUACAACACCUGUACGACAUGAUGUACACCUUAUAGAUUCUGAUAGCUUCCAUAAUCAGAAUAACGAUGUAAAACAUGAAUGAAAUUAUUCAAUUUAGUAUUAAUACACAAUCGAAUGGAAUUUGUUGUUCGUGUGCGAGUACAACUUUGCAGGCCUCAUAGGAAAACAAUUAAUAUAUUCUGAUUUUAAAAGUGCAUAAAGUUAAUCUGAAAUAUAUUUUCGAGCCAAUCAAGUUGAG